GAGCGUAUAUGGCCCGCCCCCUGCCGCUGGUCUACAUUGAUUGAUUGAUUGAUUGAUUGAUUGAUUGACACCCACAAACACACAUUCCCACACAACCGUUAAUCUGAUCUAAAUCCGCGUUGACUUUACUCGCCGGGUCAAACAUUGGGAUAGAAAGACGUCGCGCAAUUUUGAUUGAUGGAUUUAGGUCGCAUAGCUUUGGCCCCGCCCCGCCCCGCCCCAGCCGCUCACCUGUUCCGCUUCCGCUCCGAGCGCGUGUCUGAAGUCCGGACUUUGGCGCGUUGGCGUUCAUGGAGCUCGGAGACCUGCUGCGGUUUUCUCACUGCGGGAAGACCGUGUUGACGGCGGCGGACGCGGCUCCGACGGACCGGCGGUGCCCCGAGUGCGGCCGGGCGCCGAGCUUCUCCCUGGCGGAGGCUCCGGUGCGCGUCCGCUCGCCCGUCGCCGACGGGCACCGCACCAGAUGCUGCUUCCUGGUCACGUCGCGGGACGGCGCCGAAGGCCUCAGUGAAGAAAAAGAUUGUGAGCUUCAUGUUGGCAUCUCCAAUUCUGAAGGUGUGGUGUUGAGUUAUACGGCGUCGGGCGUGCAGCGCCAACAGCGGGGCUGGCAGCAGAGCAUCGUCGUCCCUCUGGUCGCCCCCGGCGACGGCAUCCCGCACUGGGACGAGGAGCUCGACCGCUUCGCCGCCGCGGACGCGUGGACGCCACACAGGUUCGAGGAGCAGAGGGAGUUUGGCUCCUGUUGCUACGGUUUCGCUCUGGGCUUCAUCAACCGGAUGCUGAUGUCACAGGGCAAGCAGCCAAUCAGCAGAGAGCGUUUCACCUCCGACCUGGUGCUCCCCAGGGUGCGGGCCGUCUCCGAGUAUUUGGCGCUCUUCCGGCACGUCCGUCGUCACGGAUACUGGACCGCCUGAGUCCGGCGUCUCUUGUACUCCCAGAACUCAGCAAGCUGCCAGGGUGUUUCCGUGGUGACGCCAAACACACCUGAGAGGAAAUUCGACCUUCCAAGCGAGAUAGCAAACACGCCCGAAUUGGAAUCUCUCACACGCAUACUCCAAGCGUACUUGGCAUGGACUUGAUUGGAACAUGAACGUCGCUUGCGCGUGAUUAUAAAGGGCCGGCAUGAGCCCCCUUCUCUCCCCCCCAAAAAAUUACAUUAUCCAAGGCACAUAUCCUCACAAGGGUUUAGCUGGAGCCUACCCCAGCUAGUUUCAGGCAAAAUGCGGACUACGCCCUGAACCGGUCGCCAGUCAGUCGCCCACCUGAUAUCGACAUCACCGAGCGGGAAUCGAUCCCACGCCGCCGGCACCAAAGUCAGCCGUGCGUGCCACUGCACCCAUCAGUGGCCAAAUUUGAAUUGUUUGCAACUAAUGCACAAUGUUCCGGGUAACGUGGGUGGGCGUGGACAUUUUGGGUUUUGUUCGAGAGAGGAGCACGUUGAUGCUGGAUGGAAAAAGGAGUCAAUAAAAAAAAAAAAAAACAACAACAACUUCCGAGCAGCAAACAAA